AUGCCUUCAGAUAUCUGGUCGUCAAACGUUGAUCAAGGAGCGAUUAUUCGCUCUAUCGAGCUGGGCUGCAUUUCUUGUUAUGAUUUCCAUCGGUAUUCUUUUUAUAUCACUCGUGCUCGUCGUAUCAAUAACAAAGCAGAAGCGGUACGGAACCAAUGUAGAACUCUCAUAUUGAUCUUGUUCAUAGACGCCUCACAAAUCAUUUGUCACUCUUCAGGAAAGAUAGGCAUAAAGUCCAAAGCCUUCACAGUCUACGAUCUAGCGCUUCAAGUUGAAGACCCCAACUGGCCAUUUCAUCCGCUCCGUGGGACGCGACAAACGAACAGCACCUUGGUUGAUGUGGCUAGCCUCUCCGGAUGUGGUGAUACGAUCACGACUGUCUCGCGGCCUUGGAACCUCAAGCGGCACAUAAAAGUGUUACACAUCAAGGCUCAAUCACAGACAUUCGUGUUAAGAUUUCGAGAUAUAAAUUUUAAAGAUGAGAUUGUGGAUCGAUGA